CCCAUGCAUGUUGACCACAGCGGGGCUCACGCUUAACGGUCUCAUAACCUGUAGGCUACUGGGGCAAAAGAGCUCAGUCACCACCAGCGCACUGCUGGUAGAAGGGCCGAUCAACCCGGGACCCCCAACAGCAUCUGUUCUAGUAUAUGUAAUCAACUCAUCCACCUGGCCCCUUUAUUUCGUAGAAAAUUCAAUAGCUCUACAGCUUAGCGGUGUAGUGUGGGCACGGACACCAGCCUCAGAAGCUAGAUAGAGGAGUUUUACUACUGGUGAAAAUAUAUCUAGACAAUUUUACUCGCUUGGGGUCUCCUAAUAAUAAUUGUGAUUAUUGGUACUGGACAUAACAAGCGCGUGAGGAGGAUAGAACAACUCAUUUGUAGGCUUAUUUUUUCUUGUUACUGAUUUUGCUAUGGCUUGAAAUGCCUUCAUGGCCAACACAGAAGGUUAGGUUGGUUGCUUGCUUCCAACAAUAGCGUGGCUGCGGGGAACCAACCGGCUGGUAGUGGAGUAAUCCACGUUCCUCACUCAGAAACCACAGAAACCCAGAGCUUAUGGUUCAUGUUUCCCCCCAACAACCCGUACCGUCACCACCUUUCUACCCUCACUGCUGCUGAUUGUUCAACCUCCUUAUUAUUCUGUUCUUUAACAAUAGCUCUUGCUUUACUGAAAUAGCCUGUUUUCGUAUUUCACCAUGGAAGACAUCUCGCCUGAAUACGAUGUGGUGGUGAUGGGCACCGGUUUGACGGAAUGUGUUCUUUCGGGCGUACUCAGCGUUAAGGGGCAGAAGGUCCUUCACAUUGACCGUAACGACCACUAUGGAGGAGAGGCUGCCUCUGUCAAUAUAGAAACUCUUUUCAAAAAAUUCCGUGACGUGAAGCCUGGCGAGGAACCGUGGAAGAAAUAUGGCCGAGUCAACGACUGGAACGUCGAUCUGGUCCCCAAGCUUCUUAUGUCGAAUGGCGAACUCACCAAUAUUCUGGUCUCAACAGAUGUUACUAGAUACCUUGAAUUUAGGCAGAUUGCUGGAAGCUACGUGCAACAGGGUAGCGGCCCCAAAGCCACUGUUGCCAAGGUCCCGUCUGAUGCGGGAGAGGCGCUUCGGUCUUCGCUGAUGGGUCUAUUCGAAAAGCGACGGGCGAAGAAGUUCCUCGAGUGGGUUGGAGAGUUUGAUGAGAAUAACCCAAGUACCCAUCAAGGGUUAAACAUGGCAACGUGCACCAUGAAAGAAGUCUAUGACAAAUUCGGCUUGGAAGCCCCAACCAAGGACUUUAUCGGACACUCCAUGGCCCUUUAUCAGUCUGACGACUAUAUUACGGAGGUCGGCAAGGCGAAGGAGACAAUCGAUAGAAUUCGGCUCUAUGUCAACUCCAUGGCUCGCUAUGGCAAGUCUCCUUAUAUCUACCCACUCUUUGGUCUCGGUGAGCUGCCUCAGGGCUUUGCUCGCCUGUCUGCAAUCUAUGGGGGCACGUACAUGCUCAACACCAACAUCGACGAGGUCCUCUACGAUGGCGAUAAGGUGUCAGGUAUAAAGGCCACAAUGAAAGAAAGAGGAGAACCGGGAGAUGGCAUGACCUUCACAACAAAAACCAAGAAGAUCAUCGGCGAUCCUACAUACUUCCCUGGGAAAGUCCGGGUUACCGGCUACCUGCUCAAGGCCAUUUGUAUUUUGACCCACCCAAUCGAUAAAACGGAUUCGAACGACUCCCUGCAACUGAUCAUUCCCCAAUCCCAAGUUGGACGAAAGCAUGAUAUCUACAUUGCGAUGGUGUCUUCUGCCCACAAUGUCUGCCCGAAGGGCUACUACAUCGCCAUCGUUUCCACCAUUGCCGAAAACGAAGCAAACCACCACAUCGAGUUGGAACCAGGCUUCGAGCGCCUUGGUGAAAUCGAAGAGAAAUUCAUGGGUCCCCCGAUCCCAUUGUACGAGCCGCUGGAGGAUGGCAGCAAGGACCAUAUCUACAUUUCCAAGAGUUACGAUGCCACCAGCCAUUUCGAAACGACGACUGAUGACGUGAAGGACAUAUACAAACGAGCUGAGGGACAGGAAUUGGUCGUUGAAGGGCUGAGAGAGGGAACCAACCUUGUCGGGGAGGAGUGAGAAGGGAACCGGGUAGUAAAUACGUAUUCCUUAAAAGGCUGACAGCAUACAGACAGGCAGAACAUAUGUUGAUUGAAAAGAGUCAUAAUUUUCUCUUUUGGGGAUAAAUGCAGAUAUAAGAUUUCACUCUAUUUAUUUGUUUGCAUUUUUCUUUCUCUCAUUGCUCUCUUCUCUUCUCUUUUCGUUUAUAUUUCUUUAUUAUUUUCCCUCCCUCAUUUAUAUAGUUUUUGCUGUUCAUUUUCUCAGCGUAAAGGAUAACCUGAUUUUCUAUUUUUAAUACAAACGUUCUUCUAGUGUCAA